AUGCGUGAAUUGUUGAACAUCUUGUAUUGCCACGGGCUCGGAUCAUCAAUCAACAACCGAGUAGGCACGGGUCUUCUUCAAUACUUCCGCAACACACCACAUUAUUUUGAAAGGUUGCUAUAUCGAAACCCUGGGUCUCGAAAUGUUUUGUGGAAUGUUUCCGAAUGGCGUGAGGAUAUUGAAAAACGUGAGGAUAUUGAAAAACGUGUUGACGGAGAUGAGUGGGUGGUGAUUGCAAGCAGUGCUGGUUGCCAUGCAGCUUUGAAUGCUGCAAAAAAUCGCCCACAAAAUAUCAAGGGCCUCUUCCUGUUCUGUCCGGGAGUCUCGCUGACGUUUAACUAUGUCGAUGCGUUUUUCCCCGGUGGUAGUGCAGCCCUGCUUAAAGGCAAAAGCCUCAUCCACCCAGCAUCUCGUGGAGGACAUGAGGCAUUGAUCAACCGCGAAAGUCUUCAACACUACCUUGAUACUUGUGUUAUGAAAACUGAAGGACCGAUUGAUAUACGGUGUCCAGUGAGCAUUGUACAUGGAACACGCGAUGAGCUGGUACCGUGCGAGAAUUCCAUCGCUCUUUCGAAACGCUUGCUAUCGCCUGACGUUGAUCUCACUCUGAUACCAGAUGGCUCUCAUUACCUUUCAGUAGACGACGUCACUAAGGAAAAAUUGGAAUCAUUUCUGGCGACCGUACUACGGUACAAAUACCGUUCAAAAGAGCGAUCUUCCGCGAAAUUGUAG